GUUUAACAUAUUAAGCAAAAGUUACAUUUAAAAAAGAUUUGACUAUGCAUUGCACUUUGCUGAUAUUUUAUUCAUCUUGCAUUUUAAAAAUGGCAACUGGAGAACAAUCAUCUUUAUAUAUGGAUGAGGUUCGCAGUUUAAGUGAAUUGCCAAUGAAUAAAUUAAUCCAAAUAAGAUCUUCCUUUGGAAGUCCGGAAAAUGAUAUUACUGAUGAGGAUCGAAACGCGCGCGAAGAUGUAUCUAGUAGAAGUUCCCUGACAAUGCCAAUGGCUUUGCCAUUAAAAAGAAGUAGUAAGAAACCUAUGCGACGAUAUGAGGAGCAUUAUGAUGAAAAAGGCAAGGAAUCAAAGAUUUCAAAAAUCUUUCAAAGCGCAGUAACUGCGCUUUCGUUUCUCGCAUUUGGCGGUUAUCUCCUUACACUUAUAAUAACAGCAAUUCGUCGCAAUAUGGCCAAUAAUACUAAUACUAACGGGAAUGUCGUUGUAUUUUCGAAUCUGCAAAAUCUACAAAAAUUAAGUCGCCCCAAGCGUAACGUUUUAAUAUUCGAUCCAAUGGAGAAUAAUUUUGAAACCGACAAACUUUAUGAAGGAAUGAUUAUGCUUUCGAGAAGUUAUGCCUUAUAUAAUUGA